AUGAUUACAUCUGCAAAGCGGAAAGUCCUUGAUGGACUGAAUAGAAGAUAUAUUUACGGUCGCGUGCCACUCCUGCACACGAUCAUUUUCCUCAUCGAAAUGGCGGUAGCUACGCGGAUCGCAACCAAAUUUAACACUUACUAUGCCGAGAAGCCGGGUAAGGCGUCAAUCCGUGGAGUCCCGAGGCCAAUCUCUGCUCGAAUGCUAAUCAAUCUGUGGUCGAUAGUUCUCACGACGAUGGUCACCAACGCUGUGCUUGGUGGCGUCGCGGAUACCGUUGCGCAGUUGAUUACUGCCUUCCGGGCUCGAAAUGCUCAACGAUCCCAUGAGAGUAACGACUUUAUCUCGAUAGAGAUUCAUGAUUUUGAUAAGGGGAGACCGCCCAUUAUUGGAGAGAUUGGGUCUGCGGCACACUCUCCGGCGCCGUUCGACUUUGAGCGUGUCACGAGGUUCAUGGCAUAUGGUUUCUUCAUGGCACCAGUCCAAUUCCAGUGGUUCGGCUUCUUGUCUCGGGCAUUCCCUCUCACCAAAGUGAACCCAAGUGUUCCGGUGUUCAAGCGGGUUGCUUUUGAUCAGUUGAUCUUUGCGCCCUUCGGUCUGGCGUGCUUCUUUACCUUUAUGACCAUCGCUGAAGGAGGAGGCAAGAGAGCCUUGACCCAGAAGUUCCGGGAUGUAUACUUGCCGACGUUGAAGGCCAACUUUGUCUUGUGGCCGGCAGUACAAAUCCUCAACUUCCGAGUCAUUCCCAUUCAGUUCCAAAUUGUGAGCUCCCCGUCCCUUCUAUUCAGUCACUUUCCAGACUAA